CCACAACGAACAGGGAGUUGGCAUGAAGGUUGCUGUUCUACCAAAACAAUCAGCUGUCAAAACAGAACCAAUUUCGCAUAGAUACGAAAUCAGUUUUGAAGAUUUAUGUAAGCUCAGUGAAUACAGAGAGCAGUUGCAACAAUCAAACGCCACAGUAUGCCACAGGUAGCGGCCGCAUCCGCACCACCGGAACUUCCCGUGGAGGAGCUAGAUUGGAUACAGAUGCGCAAGGAUUUUGCCGGUGUGCACGCAGAAACAACCAAAGAGAAGAUGGUGCGAAAGAUCAACGAGAACCCGCUGGUUCCGAUCGGUUGUGCGGCCACGCUUACCGCGCUCGGGUUUGGGCUAUGGAAUUUUCGGCAGGGUCGUUCCCAGAUGUCGCAGUACAUGAUGCGUGCCCGUAUACUGGCCCAAGGGUUCACCGUGCUUGCACUGAUCAUCGGUGUAGGCAUGACAUACGGUACCAAGGAACCGUCCAAGAAGCAAUGAUUGUCCGGGCGUCCAAUGGCAAAAAACAGUACAUGCGGCGUAAAAACUGUGCUAAACUGUUCAUCUUUAUUAUGAUUUGGAAUAGAUGGGAAAUCGCAUUUGCUCCCUCAAUUGGUAGCUAAACUGAA